GAUAACUCUCUCUCUCUCUCUCUCUCUCACUCUUCUCUCUCUACAGGUGUUCUUCUUCCUUGCAUUGCAUUUGAGUUUCUCACUCAGACCUCUGAAGCUUCUAGAGGUGGAAAAAUCCAGGUGCUGGACUUUUGGUGUAUUGAAAAUUUUCUAGGGCGAUUUGAGGUUUAAGGACAAUGUUGAGGAAGAGGACCAGAUCACAGAAAGAUCAACAGAUGGGUCACUUGAUGCCUGAUUCAUCAUCAGAGUCCCAUUUAAACUCUGGUGUUUUUGCUCAGAAACACAAAGUCAGUUCCUUCUUCAAUGUCCCUGCUCUGUUUGUUGGGCUCAAUCCUAAGCAAUCAGAAUCUGAUUCAGUUAGAAGUCCCACUUCUCCACUUGAAUUUCGGGUCUUCUCAACUCUUAAUACCCUUAGGUCUCAAAGAUCAUCUGAGGGACAUCAGAAGAGCUGGGGUGGUAGUAAAGUAGGCCUGAGCAUUAUUGAUGCUCUCGAUGACAAAACUAAGCGGCCUGGGAAUCUUCCCAUACCCUCUAAGAGUAAAAAUAUUAUCUUUGGACCACAAAUGAGUUGCAAGACACCAAAUUUUCUAAACCAUUCUGACUCUUUUGAUGCAGCUAAGUCAUUGCCUAAAAACAUCCCAAUUUUCCCUUGUACUGAGCCUAAACCAUUCAAUCUCCAUAAUGACAGUUCUUAUGUUUUGUUUGGAAUUGGAGAUGCCCCAUUGGAGGAGGGUAUUUCGUCUCAAAAUAUGCGCUCUUGCUCGCUAGAUUCAGGAAGGUCUGGGUCACAUUUUGCUGGUUUUGCAAGCCGUAAAUCUAACUUGCACUCUGGGAGUUUUGGUACUGAACAUGGAAUAAACUCGGCAAUUUCUCAAAAUGGCAGAGAACUGUCAAAGUUGGGCAACUCAUCAGGUGCAAAGCUGAGCUCGAUGCCAGCGCCCUCUGGUUCUAUUUCAACAAGUGAGAUAGAGCUUUCUGAGGAUUAUACCUGUGUGAGAACCCAUGGCCCCAAUCCUAAGGUGACCCAUAUUUUUUGUGACUGCAUUUUAGAAUGUCACAACAAUGAAUUCACCAAUUUUUCAAAGAAUGGUGAAGAGGAGAAAGGGUUGUCAAAGGGGCCUGACUGCUGUGAAGAACACCUUUCAUAUCCCUCAAGUGAUUUCUUGAUCUUCUGCUAUACAUGCAAGAAGAAAUUGGAUGGCAAGGACAUAUUUAUAUACAGGGGUGAGAAAGCAUUUUGUAGUUCUUCUUGCCGCUCUGAGGAGAUUUUGAUUGAUGAGCAAAAGGAGAAAACCAAUAAAGGUGGUGAUGAUUUUGAAAAGCCAAACAGCCCCGAGGAAUCUUUUGAGAGCAGUUUGUUCAUUGCUACAUAGGACACUGCGUUGUAGUCACUAGGGCCAUGAUUGAUGAGAUUGUCACACAGGGUAGACACGAUUUAUCAUCUGUUUCCUAAGAGCUGUUUUAUGUGGAUCUUUCUGCAGCCAUGGAUGAUUGUAGUGUGCACUGCUCCUGAAUUUCAUUUCUCAUGGUCUUGGUGUGAAACGGUUAAACCGUGAUUUUGCAUAAUUCUAACUUUGAUAUGUUAUAGUAGAGUUUCCUUUGGAAAUCUCUGAGGAGAAGGGCUAUAGUACACCCUUUUGGCUCCCCAAAUUUUCGUUUUUGUUCUUCUGUAGUGGCAGAAGUUGAUAAGCCUCACCCAACUUUUCUAAAUGAAUAUUAAUGAUUUUAUGUAUACCUCAGCUUUUGCCCUUUUGAAAUCUGAAGUGAACUUCUCUGCA